GCAACACGGCGGUCAUCUAGUCGGUUUUUUCGAUCAUUCGAAAAUAGUUUGCCUCUUGAUUCUAAAUACAGUGAAAUAGAUUUUACAUUCGUACGUUAAAUCGUCAAAUCAUUGUCGCUAAUUAUCUUCCUUCAAUAAUCUUAAGUUAAGCUUGGGGUGCAAAAUUAUCGCGCGCGCUCAAUACGCCGAUGCAAAGCAAGUCAUGAACGCGUAAUUAUUGAGAAAAGAAAGUGAUUUCAAUCGCCGUGGCAAAUCGGAGUAAGAGCAGAAAAUUGGAAGAAUCAUGGAUAAUCACAAAAGGCUGAUUCACAAUCGUUGCAUGACACUGACAGUGAUCAUAGUGUGCAUGUUAACUGUAUUUAUUAAGGCGGGCGAAGGCAGGCCUCACAUCAGGCACCAUCGGGACGGCUCGCACUGCAGCAGAUGCGGUCCAGGCUGGGGCGUGAUUAACCGCUGCGCUCGUGGUCGCGACACCGAGUGCGGAAAGUGUCCUGCCGGCACGUACAGCCCGCAUCACAGCAUGCAGGCCUGCUGGAAUUGCGCCAGAUGCGGCCCGGGCCUGUACGAGGCGCAUCCGUGCACCUCGCGCUCCGACACCGUCUGCGACUCCUGCCAUCGUCCGGCGCUCAACAAUCCUGAUUAUCAGCGCAAGUGCGAGGGCCGCGCAAAGUUCUUCCUCGCGCCGGAAGACGCGCGGAGCACCGCUGAGGAAAGCGUGCUGGUGAACGAGCCGGCGUACCGAUUCGAGAUGAACGACAGAGAGCGAAUACUCGAGAAGGACGUGGAAGCUAUUCUGAGGGACAAAUCGACCGCGCAAUCAAAGGAGAAGGUCGUCUACGAGAGAUCUAAUUACCAUCCGAAUGUUAAUCCCGAAUAAUAAAGGUGUCGCGUCAGCUCAGCUCCAUCGGACACCGAAGAUAUAUAAUGCAAAUGCUAAUUUGUUACAAAAUUUUCAAAAUUGGGCUAUUUAACAGACGAACAACAGCAAGAAAUUUGCUGAUAAUAGGAUUGGAAGAGGAAACAUGUAUGUUCGAUAUAUCGAUCGAUUCUUCAAUGCUAGUCAAUUAGUAACUUAAGAGAAGUAACGUUUGAUCGAGUAAUGGCGUACGAUUUCGGUACAACGUUCAAACGGAAAUUUAUUCGUUUGAUCUUACUCGUCCGUUACACGAGAACUCGUUCGCAUUGAUGUCGGACAGAUGGGAAAUACUCUCUAUCUUCGCUACGUACAUUAUCAUAUAAACAAAUCUUUCUCUUGUAUAUGAGUGAACAAUUACAUUUUUAACAUCCAAAACUAUGUUAUUGUUACGUGGGUAUAGCGUUCAAUGACCGUCAUUCGCGAGUGCUGCGGAUAUUCUUCUAUAAGAUUUUUUAUAUAUAAUUAGGGCAUGAUUUUGCGAAAUUUUUCGUAAUACACUUUUACAUGUAUUAGAAAUAUGAUUCAAUUUGAAUAUGAUUACAUUCUGAUGCCGACUAAAAUCACUGUUGCUAUGACUGAUGAUAAGUGCGCGCAUACUUACAAUUAAUCGGUAUUUUUAAAUCCAUGUGAAUUCGGAGUUUCAUUCGGAAUUUACUUUAUCGAGGAUCAUUCCGAUGUUCGUAAUUUACGAGCGCUUUUUGCAUCGAUCGUAGAUGCACAAGCGGUCCAAAGAUAAAAAUAUCGGAUGUAAAUUAGCGACACGGAUAUUUGUGUCGCUAGAUCAUAACUGUCGUUUACAGCUUUUAACAUUAUUUGUACAUAGCUCUGUUUAUGGAUCUCUAUAUAUUAUACAUAUAGACUCUCUUACAGUGUAAGCAUAUUUCGAUAUUAUACAUAUCCAAAGAACUCUUUAUGAAUUAUCUUAUUGUUAGAUAGAUAUAGCAUACGCAUAUUUACGUGCAUUUAUAGUUUUUGACAAUCGAGGAUGGAUCGGGAUUACUUCGUUGCGCGUAGGCUUUUCUUUGCUCGAGCAAACUAGCUGCGAGAUUAACGAGUGCGACAAGCAAGCAAACCGGAUCGAUAUCGGUGAAAAAGAUCGUGCUAAUUUUAAGUGCGUUCAAGGUGAAAGUUUGCCGUCACGUGUCCUCAUUCGAUUUUUGCUAAAUAAUAAUUGUGUCAAUUUUCAAUUACCGUCAAAGUCCACGACAAUUAUUCUCUUUCGACGCGAAAGAGCUUCUUAUUAAUAAAUAGAAGGCAAUACACUUCUAUUUUAUUCUUUAUUUUUCAUGCUUUUAAAGAUAUGUCAAGACACACAUGAUUGGUCCAUAACCCGUAGCAGUAUGUAAUAAUUAAAGAUUAAAAAUCAAGGAAAACAACAUGUUAUACCUAGGAUGUUCAAUAAUCUUCCAAAAUAUCUUACGAACAAAUAUCUCUGGAGUCAGAUCAUAUAUCGUUUCCUUUUCGUCUCCUCAAUCAAUAUUCAUGCUUGCUCAAUGGAAUCCUUGAAUUGUCAUUGAAGCAUCGAAUGUCUGAUGUUGAUAUAUUUGGAGAAAAAAAAAA